CUACGUUGUGACUGACUGACUGAUUUAAUAUGGAUAAAAGUGUUAAGUUACACAAUAAUGAUCACGCCUGCAAGGCUGAGCCAUGCCAUCCGGUCGAUUAAAUUCAGAAUGAAUGUUCCCGCGUUCACCAUUAUUCACCUUCUCUUAGUGUUACAUGUGGAAAGUCUAUUUUCCCAGUUAUCUGAUGUUCAGUUUUGAGGAUUGUGUGGUUGGGGCCCAUUGCCACUACACUACUCUCCCACCCCCGGGCCCUCUCGCAUGCCACUGCAAACAUUCUACGACAUUGUAACAAGAGUUCAGAGGGAUAAAAACAGGUGAUUACAUAAUGACUAAAACUUAGUUAAUAAAAUAAUAUUACUAAUUCAGAAGACAGUCGAAAUGAAAAGAUUCAAUGACGAUGCAAUGAAGGAAUAUUUGUCAUCAAGGCAAGAAAAGAUUAGUGAAAAUUCUUUGAACACAAAAAUAUGGUCUUAGACGCCUGACGGCAUCGGCUUCAGAAAACUGGGACUUGACUGUCUAUUAAUCACCUUGAAAGAUUGCAAGUUUUCGUCCUGAUGUCCUGUAUCCAAGAGGUGUUUGGUGAUCACACUGCUUAAAUUCGUUCUUUUUCUUGUUCUAAGGCUUGUUGGAACAUGUUCGAAAUAGGCAUAGACUACCUGGUUGGGGCCUGUGUGAUUAUCGUAACCAUUAGUCAGAGAUUUCGGAUGGCAUGCCUAAAAAUCGUUUGGAACAACACAGGUGCACCCCUUCUUUGUCUUCCACCAAAUUCUGAAUUCCUAACAACAUUUGAUGCCAAUCACCGCUGGUACUGGUACUACCUAUACUAUUAUGGGAUUUGACCUGAAAGUUUUCCCUCUGACAAACUAAACUGGUGUAUAUACAUACCAGGUUCUACAUUGUAACUGACUAACUGUACAUCAUCAUUGUUUGGCCUGAAAAGUUCUACAACUUUUGAAAAUGUUUAAAAUAACAAAUUUAGUCAAGUCUCACAAAUGAGGUGAAGAACAGUAUACGAAUAAGGAUUUCCUUAUGUAAGUUACCAGGGAAUUUAUAAUGUUGUGUACUGAAAUCAGUGUAGUUAAAGUGGUAUUAACUUCCUUUUGUUCUCACAAUAAUGCUGUUGUUCAACUUCCAAAGUGUGUAAAAUUCAACGGAUUUUUUUGCAAGAAUUGAGCUUAACAACUUAAUUCUACAAUUUUAUACAGCGUCCCAAAAAUCUCUAGGUCUUGAUUAAACUCAUGCAAAAGAUUUUAUUCAUUGUUUUUUAGAUUUUAAAAAUGAGUAAGGCCUGACAAGAAUCAACUCAUCAAUAGGCACUAAUAUUGAGUCUUUACUUACCUCUUAUUACUCACAAAAUAUUUUGUGUAUAGUGUUGUUAUUGAGCGAAGUUAAUGAUUACUAAUUAGUAAAUAGAACCAUCUUAUCUUUUUAUCUGUGUAGCUUCCCAACAUGCACUUUUAUUGUCACUAUUUUUGUUUGUGGAAGCCAAGUCCGCGUUUUUACUUUAUAUUUUUUACUGAUAUUACAAUAAGUCGGGGGUUUAAAAUUAGGAAUUUACCUAUAUAAUGUAGUUUGUAAUGUAAAUCUGUUAUUCGGUAGUUUAAAUAUUCUUUUUAGUCAGUUUCAACAGAGAUUCACUUAUCGAAGGUGUAAGAAUCAAAAUAUAUAUAUGGUUCAAAACUUUCUUGAUAAAUCUAAGAUAAUUUAUUUACUCAUAACAUUCACAUAUAAAGUUAAAUCAUGCAUUUCACUUUUUUUAAUUAAAAUAAUGUUAGCUUUGGUAUGAACAAUAAAUUCAAGGAAGAAUUCCCAAAUGAAUUACAUGGUAAACUAGCUCCUGAAGAAUUUGAGGAAAGUAUACGUAAAAUUAAUGAGCGCUUGGAGAAUUCACUACCUAGUCACGUUAGAUGGUUUAUUUGUGGGUUAUUGUGUUGUUGUUGUACAGCCGGUUGCUCUUUAUGGCCAGUAAUUCAUUUAAGCAGACGAACCAAAAGAGAUCUACAAAAAAUACUGGAAGCUGAAAAUAUUCGACUGUAUUGUAAUAUUGGUUUACGCUUGUCUUUGGUCAAACAACGGUCUUCCGAAACAACAACACUGAUGGAAUACGUUCUUCGAAUAGAUCAAUUGCCAAAAGCGUGUAUAUAUUUUCCCGAUUGAAUUUUUCACCGAAUUGAAAUAAAAAACGGGCAUCAUUAUUUCUGAGGAAUUUGUACUUUUCAUUCCAAUUUCCAUGAAAAAUGUCCAGUAAUUUGAUUUUUCUAGUGAUAUAUCUUCCUUAUUUUCAUCCUAAAAUGCUGAGUUUUCCCCCAAAAAUGUUAGUAGUCCUAUGUUCAGCUGAUUAUCAUAAACAAUAUCUUAUUGAACCGUUCAAAUGUAUACACGAAUUCAAUAACACUGUUUAAACUGUAGGUUUUAACUAGCGUAGUAGAUCUGAAUAGUUUGUUGUGAAACAUACUGUUCGCUAUCCAUUCGGAUUUAUCAUUUAUAUAUAUAUAUACUGCAAACUUAUAGAAACCGUCCAAGCAAAAUACCAUCAGGACAACUGACAAUUCCAAACACCAGUUCCAUGAUAUAUAUAUAUAUAUAUAUAUAU